UAGAAGAGAAAUAAAAUUGGAAGGCAAAAACCCUGGUCUUCUUCAAAACCCUAAAACGUGAAAGUGUUGUAGGCAACAGCUGCAUACUCUCUUUUUCUUGCGAUGUUGGAAAUUAAAACCGCCAAGACCCGCAAGGGCAAGCGGGAGCUCGAGAAGCGCGCCCCCAAGCUCGUGGAAUCCGGGAAGAAAACGCUGAUCUUGCAUGGAACGAAGACCAGCGGCGUGCUGAACGCCGUGCUGGCGCAGAUUUAUCACCUCAAAAAGAACGAUGCCGUCAAGUACAGCCGGAAGAACGAGAACGUAAAGCCCUUCGAGGCCGGUGGCGAGACUUCUCUUGAGUUUUUUUCUCUCAAAACCGAUUGCAGCAUAUUUGUGUAUGGAUCUCACUCAAAGAAGCGGCCUGAUAACCUUGUUAUAGGGAGAACUUAUGAUCAUCACAUCUAUGAUUUAGUGGAGGUUGGCAUUGAAAAUUUUAAGCCCAUGGAGUCUUUUAGUUAUGAUAAGAAGUUGGCUCCUAAGGAAGGCUCAAAACCUUUUAUCGUAUUUAUUGGAGAAGGAUUUGAGGCUGUGGACGAGCUAAAACAUUUGAAGGAAGUUUUGCUUGAUCUUCUUCGUGGUGAGGUUGUGGAAAAUCUAAAUCUUGCCGGAGUAGACCGGGCAUAUGUAUGUGCCGCCCUUUCUCCAAAUCGGGUGCUUUUUACACACUGUGCAUUGCGGCUGAAAAAGUCUGGAACUGUUGUGCCAAGGAUGGAAUUGGUCGAAGUUGGCCCUUCCAUGGAUUUUGUUAUUCGUAGGCAUCGUCCUCCUAAUGAAAGUUUGAGGAAGGAAGCAAUGAAAACAUCAAGGGAGAAGCCGAAGAAAAAGGAGAAAAAUGUUAAAAGGGAUGAAUUAAAGGGAAAGAUCGGAAGUAUUUAUAUUCCAGAUCAGAAGGUUGGAGAAACUGCUUUACCUUACAAAGCAAAAGGAGUCAAGAGGGAGCGCCGAGAAGCCAAGCGGAAAAAUGACAAGGACGGAGAAAAUGCUCCAAAACGGCAGAAGGAAGAUUCUUAAUACUUAUAAAUUACACCUGUUGUCCUUCCCUGGAUCUGAUUAUAAAGUGAUCAAUUGUAGGUCAUAUUAUAUUAAUCUGCAUGUUUUUUAGGUCUCAUGAAUAUUCAUGAUUCCCCCUGUACGGGGGAUUUUGUCAUCUUUUUAUUCACUGUAUUUUUCCCUUCAUAUUUUGCUUAAUUGAAAUGCUGCCCUUGAUUAUCAAGUUUUAUGAAA